UACUGACGAGCCCGGUGCCCUUCGGCCCAUUGGCUGAUACCUGGCCGCUCCGCUGCCACUCCGAGUCUGCCGAACAGAGCGCAUCGCCGUAACCAGGCCGCCAUCUUGGAACGCACCAGGGGCCUUCUCGAAGGUCACAGGUCAGGUUUCGCAGAAGAGGCGUGAAGCGUGGCCGCGCUCGGAGGAGAAUGGCGGUGAUUGUGACGCAGGGGCUCCGCGUCCUGCUGCAGAGCCUCAGGUCCGCUCCGCCGCCGAGACCCCGCGUCCGCGACUGCCGGCGCUGCGCCAGACGAUAUUUACUGUCAGACAAUGUGAUACGUUUGCUGGAGUUCCAACAGAAGAAGGUUGCACUUGCAAAUCAGUUAUAUAUCAGUAGGGAUCAAUAUUUCAAAUCAAUUCAGGAAAAAUUAAAUACAAAUGAACUAAUCCUCAAGGAUGAUUUAAAAAUGUUGUUGCAUUUGUGCCAAAUGCCAGCAGAUGUAGAACUAGCAAAGGAUGUAAUUUACAGAUACCAUGCUGAAAACAAAAACAUGGCCUUUGGAGAAUUUAAGUUUGGACCUCUGUUUGUAAGGCUGUGUUAUGAAUUGGGUCUUGAAGGAACUGCAGAAGAGAUGGUGAAAGACCAGAAUCUGAAGGGUUUCUUCAAUGAUUCAACUUCAUUCAACAUUUUGAUGGACAUGCUGUUCAUGAAGGAAAGCUAUGAGCGUGCCUUGGAAGUGCUAUUGGAAAUGAAAAAUCAGGAAAUAAGAUUUAAUAAAGACACCUACACAUUGGCAUUUGCUAUCUGUUACAAGCUGAAUACGAUUGAAUCCUACAAGUUCUGCACUGCGUUGUUAGAAGAAGUAUUGACAAGUGGCAAUUUUGUCCCCCGUCAUGCAUUCUGCUUUGCAGUAGCAUUUGCAAUCAAACAGAAUGAUAUUGAAAAGGCUUCAUCAAUCUUUUCGCGGAUUAUACACAUGAACAACAACAUUUGUCAUAAUCUUCAUGUCUAUCUACUGGCUUUGUCAGGAGAACAGCAGAACCUGAUCUCUGCUUUGGAGGCAGCUCUUGGAUGCAGUGUCUCGAAACUUGUGAAGAAAGUGUCUUUUUCACAAGAAGUGAUGGCUCUAGUCCAAGAAGCUAUGGAGAACAACACAGAGCUACAAAGCCAGUAUGAGGGUAUCUAUGGAUUACUGCAAAAAUCUGGACAAAUCACAGCACUGAGUCUCGAUGACAUACUCUGCCAAACACCAGUUGGAAAGAAACCUCUUAACCCUUUGCUAGAUCAAAGGAAAAUUAGCCGGCGGACUUUCAAACCUCUGCGGUCAACAUUGCUGUCUGAGUAACAGGAAUGGACUAUGCAAUCUUAGACAUGUGCAUCUCUGCAUCCUUUGUAAAUUAGUGGUGUCCAUUUGCUCACCUGAAAGAACCGUUUUAAAGACUUGGUUCAAUUAACACUAAACAAUAUAAAGCGUACAUGAAAGGUAUUAAUUUUAGUUUCUUUACAGAACUUGUAAUUGUUACCGUAAGUGGAAAUAUUGAUCUUUUCUUCAUUUAUGAGAAGAUUGCAAAUGAAUAACCACAUAGUUUUACCUUGGAUAAGAUGUGGGAGGAAAAAGCAGUAUCCAAACCUAUUGCUUUUCUAUUUGUAUAUCCAGAGACCCUGCAAAUAAUUGAGAAUAUUUUAUCACAUUUUAUUAAUAAUUGAUCAUCUACUAUGGUUCACUUUAAAACAGACUUGUCCCAAAAGUACAAUGAAGCUCCAGGUGAUUGGUCACGAAUUUUGUAAAGUUAUAACAAUGCUGACAGAGUUGUUCUUACUGCAGGUAGAAAAGAACUGAGCUUUCUUUACUUGCAGAAAUAACUUCCAUAAUUAGUGGAACAAGUAGUGGUUCUUUUUUAGGGUAAUUUCCUAUUUUCAGGGAUUUCAACAGGUUUAGAACACUGUUUCACUUUGCUUUCCUGUUUUGAUUGAAACAAAUGGUAUUUCAUGGCCAUGAGAGUGAGCAUUGGGCAAAAUUUCCUGAAGUUAUUUUGUAAUCUGUGGAGAGAGAAAAGGAGACAGAUUUCUGUCAUGUAUCCUUAUCACCAGUUUGUGAGAAUUCUUAGCAUUCUUGCUUAAAUGUGAUCAAAAAUGUUGGCAUAAGUAUAAACCAGAAGUGAGCCUCUUCUACCUCAUCCAACAUUUUUUAUUGCAGUUAAUAAGCAUAGAGAUUUCCUGUUGUCCUUUAAAUGACAAUAUAUUGUAAUUUUUUUCAAACACAAUUUACAUUCAAUUGUAUCUUUUAUCCAAAUUAGCAAAAUCUAUUUCCGUUCAUUAGAAAUCCUCUGUCAAGUAAUGUGAUGAAUUUUACCAAUAACACUUUCUGCAGUGUUUAUAAAUAAUGUGCAAUAAAAUAUUGCAAUAUCCUCUGUG